AUGUUUGGUCCCGGUCGAACGGCCAGGGUCGCCGAAAACAGGUUCGGCGCCAAGCCGUCCCCGACGCCGGGAGGGGAACGCGCGCCAUCCGGGCUGUCGGAAAAUAAGAGGGGCGGUGCCGCCGCGAACCACGACGGGCUGCUGGUCAACCUGGAGCACUGCAAGUACGAGUGCCUUCGCAAGGUGACAGCCGAUAACGGGUUCGAGGAGGUUGGCGACGACGAGCAGUACUGGGACCUGUGCUGGAUGGACUCCUCCGUCUCCGAGGGGCGGGUCGCGAAGCUCUACCCGUUCCAGCGAAUCAACCACUUCCCCGGCAUGCUGGAGAUCUGCCGCAAGGCGCCGCUCUCCCGGAACCUCCGGAGGAUGCAGACCGCGCACCCGCGCGAGUACUCGUUCUCGCCGCAGACGUGGGACUACCCCUCGCAGCUCGACCUCUUUCGGAAGUACUCCAGGGCCAACCCCGACGCCGUGUACAUCGUCAAGCCGAGCGCGGGUGCCAUGGGCCGGGGCAUCUACCUCGCGGCCGGCGAGUCCGGCAUAGACAAGACGCACUCCGGCGCGGUCGUCGUGCAGCGGUACAUGCACGACCCGUUCCUUCUCGACGGGUUCAAGUUCGACCUCAGGAUAUACGCGCUUGUCACGUGCGUGGACCCCCUGGCCGUGUACGUGUACGACGAGGGCAUCGCCCGGUUCGCCACCACGCCUUACGCGGCGCCAAACAAGAGCAACCUGUCGCAGGUGACAAUGCACCUGACCAAUUACUCCCUCAACAAGCACAGCGCGACGUUCGUGAGCACGGACAAGGAGGACGAGGGGACGAAGCGGUCGAUAUCCUCGCUCUUCGCGCAGAUGAAGGCGAUGGGUCACGACACGGAGAAACUGUGGCGCGAUAUCCGGGAGGUUGUCGCGAGGACCGUGUUACCGAUCCAGCCCCACCUCGCGCACUGCUACCACAGCUCCCCCAGCCGGUGCUUCGAGCUCCUCGGCUUCGAUAUCAUUAUCGACGAGAAACUUCGGCCGUGGCUCAUCGAGGUGAACCACUCGCCGUCGUUCAACAUGGACAGCCCGCUGGACGCGAGGGUAAAGUGCGGAGCGAUUGGGGACGUGCUCAGGGCGUUGAACCUGGACGGCGAGGAGCGCCGGGCGUGGAUCGAAGCCGAGAAGCGGGCGCAGAAGAAGAGGCUGUAC